CCUAAAUUCUGAAACAAUGUUGCCAGUUGCCACUUUCUUCUUUUAACAAUGAGCCAAACAAACAAGAGCUUUUGGGACAUGAAGCUACUAUGUUUGUUUGGGAUCAUAGGCUUUGUGAUUGUGAAAGGGAUAGAAGGUUUAGAGAAUGGUAAUGUGACAGACAUGCAAUAUGUCAGAGGAAGAGGUUUCAACUAUAGACCUUUGAUGGUUGGUCUUACUCUUAUCAAUGGAGCUGCUGCUAAAGGAGCUGUCUGUCUGGAUGGAUCUUUACCGGCUUACCACUUCCACCGCGGAUACGGUUCAGGAUCAAACAGUUGGCUAGUACAUUUGGAGGGAGGAGGCUGGUGUGGAACUGUCAGAAAUUGCAUUUAUAGUAAGAAAACGCGUCACGGUUCAUCGUAUUUUAUGGAAAAACAAAUACCAUUUAUUGGAAUAUUGAGCAACAAAGCUGAGGAAAAUCCAGAUUUUUUCAAUUGGAAUAGAGUAAAAAUUCGUUAUUGUGAUGGCGCAUCAUUUAGCGGAGACAGUCAAAAUCAGAAAGCAGGGUUGUAUUUCAGAGGGCAACGCAUAUGGCAAGCUGCUAUGGAAGAUUUAAUGUCGAAAGGGAUGCGCUAUGCCAAACAGGCUCUUCUAUCUGGAUGUUCAGCAGGGGGAUUAUCAGCUAUACUACAUUGCGAUGAAUUUCGGCAAUUGUUUCCUGGAACAACUAGAGUAAAGUGCUUUAGUGAUGCUGGAUUAUUCCUUGACUCUAUUGAUGUAUCUGGCCGUCGUAGUUUAAGGAAUUUUUUUGGAAGUGUAGUCACCUUACAGGGUGUGCAGAAGAGCCUUCCAAGGAGUUGUACCAAUCACCUCAAUCCAAUUUUGUGCUUUUUCCCUCAGCGUUUAAUUGCCAAUAUUAGGACACCGCUAUUUCUUCUAAAUGCAGCUUAUGAUACUUGGCAGAUUCAAGCCAGUCUAGCGCCACCAUCUGCUGACUAUCGUUGGAAUUGGUAUGAAUGCAGAAAAAAUUAUGCACGUUGCAGUUCACCACAGAUACAAUAUCUGCAAGGUUUUCGAAAUCGGAUGCUUAGAGUUACAAGACGCUUCUCAAAGUCGCGCCAAAAUGGAUUAUUCAUUAAUUCAUGUUUCGCUCACUGUCAAUCUGAAAGACAGGAUACGUGGUUUGGCCGUGGUUCUCCUCAUAUUGGAAAUAAAGGUAUUGCAGAUUCUGUUGGGAACUGGUUUUUUGACCGACUUGGUGUCCAAGCUAUUGGGUGUGCUUACCCUUGUGACAAAACCUGCCAUAAUUUGGUUUUCAACUAAAUUUAUCAUUCUUUUCAAUACUUUUCUUCUGCUAUUGCAUUACAAACACGUCUUUCCGAUCUCCAGAAAGAAAGAAAAAAGAAAAAAAGCAAGUCAUUGUAUUGUCAUAAAUUAAUCAUAGUAUUCAUUCAUGUAAAACAUAAAGCAUUUCUUGAAUAUGCUGCUUAUUCAGUUUUGAUUGAAUAUAAUUUUUGCAAGUAGAUUCUGGUUCCAAUCUAUGGAACUUCCAAA